AAUUGAAUGUCAUUAACACCCGGCCUCUCGAGAUUAAUAAGAGGAGCAUUUGGCAAACCCAGUAGAGGUAUUUCCAUGUCCGAGGAGUUUACAGCUAUGGACAAGGAGGUGCUGGGAUUGGAGGGUCUGGAAAGGCUAGUAGCAGAAACAGGCAGUGAAGAAGCUCAAAGUGGAAAGACUGACAUGGAGGUGCCUUCAGCCAGUGAAAAUGAGUCAAAAGUUUGGCUUCAGGGAGUCACUGAUGACGGACAGACCUACUACUACAAUGCACUGACAGGAGAAGCUCAGUGGGAGAAGCCAGAGGGAUUCCAGGAGGAAAGGAAAACUUCUGGACAGACACAAUCUAAAAAUGAGAAACCAUCAAGCAGUCCGUGGAUGGAAAUGCUGAGUCCAGAUGGGCAUACCUACUACUAUAACACAGAAACCGGGGAGUCUAGCUGGGAGAAGCCAGCAGAAUUCUCUCCUCUGGAAGAGACCAGCAGCACUGAGGAGGGGGAAGGGCAGGAUCCCUCUUCUCCUAAACCUGAGCCCCUGUCAGACGAAGAAGAUAGCUUAACAGAAGUGGUGUCAGUUGCAAAGGAGCCAGUGGAUUCCAGAGUGCUUCAGAGAAGAAAAAACGAAGAAGACAAAGAUAAUGAUGAGGAUGAGGAGGAGGGCGAUGAUGAUUAUGAUGACAAAACCACUCCUCCUGAGGAUAAGGAACAAGAGGAAAUUCCAGCAAAGAAGGCCCGGAAGACCAGCCCAUGUGCAACGGGACAGCAGGCUGAGGAGGACCAAGAUCCAAAUGAGCGUGGUGAUGUGGAGGAGCGUGAGGUUGAGACCAAGGAGCGCAGCAUCUCCCCAACUGUGGAAAGGGGAGCCACAUGGGAGGUCAGCAGGAAGAGGAAGCUGGAGAAUGGGAAAUCCAGGAGUGUACAGCAGAGGGGCAAGGAUGAUAAUGUGGAAACUCUGAUUCAAACUGAAGACUUAUAAAGAACAACCUUCUGACAGGCUGGGAAUAGCUUUAGAGAUUAUGUUCGCCAUUGCUGGUCUGACAAGAAAAUUCUACAUUUUGUGCAUAUUAUACCAUCUCUAAUAAUGACAUUGAAUUAGAAUUAAAUUAGAUGGAAUUCAUUUAGCAUAAUAAAAACCAGAUUUACUAAAAUUUUGAGCACUUGCAAAAGGCUUUUUCAAGUCACGCCGUCAUCUUGAUGAAUUGGUAGAAAUGUUGGUUUUGCAGGAGCUCAUACCUUUCCACAUGCUGGAAUCUUUACUAAAUCUAGCCUUAUGUGUACUAAUUUUCUCAGGUACAAUGACCCUGUUAGUCCUCCUGUGUGUGCCCCGUUUUUGUCUCCUUCAUGGACAUGGAAACAUGGAUCCAAAACAACAGCACAUCCAUUAACUGUAUUGGAUGAAACUUUAUAUCCUUGUUUGAAAACCAGUCCACAUAUAUUUCACAGGAUGGUGUCACCUUGCUUUUUAUUCUUUUUUUGACAUUUCCCUCUGUGUCUGUCCUUGGAGUCGAAGUGGACAUGUCACAAAUGUCACCCGGCUAUAAAAUCAGACAGCAGAACCCUAAGACAACAGAAGGAUUCUUUUUGUGUGUGACUGCAAAGAACAUCUAUAUUGUGCUGCCACUCAUUAUUUUAUCAUGAACCAAACACAUAUUUAAUUACAUUUUAUUUACGCCUGUAAAACAGCAUAUGUUUCAUGAUGUGCCUAUUUAAUUACACAUCAAUGCUUCAGGGUUCAAGAAAAUACUUUGGUAAUUACACGUUCUGCCAGAUGGAUCAUCCAGACUCAGAGGUUGUGAUGAUGCUGGUUGAGGAAGAUAUAAAUGUCACCACAGCACUUUUAAAUAUGAAAGCAGUCUGCUUGUGAGAGAUAGGCUGUGGAUGUGUGUGUGAUGGCUGAUAUCCUUAACCACACCCAAUGUCAAUGACAUGUGGCAACACAUUUUUAUUGGACUCAUUAAAAAGUUAAAGUUUUCUAUUACUAGACUGUUAGAGACGUUGAAGUUUUUAGUGCAAUGUGAAGGUCUCUGCAUCUUGACAGUGAGGUGUGGACUCGGCCUCUUGGCACAAUACAAGACUGUGUACAUGAACAUGUGAAUAAAAGUAUGAGUGUCUCUAA